UCCUCAUGAUGCAACAACCAGCAUCUCCGUACUGGCCACCGGCCCGUUCCUCGCCGGAGCCUCAACCGCCAGGUUCCGUCUCUCCUCCCAGCGCCGCUGUUGUAUGCCCUCCGCGUGACCAAGUUGAUGGCCGGCGGGGCUGCCCGAGGAGGCCAUGCCAUGAAGGGCCUUUCUGCCGCGGCCAGGUCACUGCAGAUCCCCGUGACUACCGUCGCAAACCCCAACUCCUGUCGAGACACGCCCAUAGGCCAUGGCCACCGCCGACGGCGGCGUCUUGAGGCGCUUUUGCUAGGAUGGUGGAGGCUACCGUGGAGGGAUGGGCGAUGGUGGGACGAACAGAGGCGGCGUGAUGGUGGACCUGGUGGCUUCUGGUUCGUCUGGCUUCUGCCAGGGGCGUAUUUGCGUCGUCCUCCUGGGGUUCAAGCGGCCGUCAUUAAUCGGGUGCGUAAUGGCGGAAGGCGUCCUGCUGCUCGAGAUGCUGCCGUUCUGCUGCGUUAAUGAGGGAGGGUGCGUCAAUGAUCAGCUGUCCGAUGUUCACUCUGCUUGGCAUGCCGGUCGGCGUUCUACUCGCCAUGUAGAUCGUGGAGCUGUGUCUUCAUCGCACGAAGAUUUUCCUGUCAAUAGUUCAUACUGUUGGCGUCGUCCCGGCAGCGGCUACACAUGAAGCCGAGCGGGAGGCUAAAGGGGAGGACAGCAGCUGAAGCACAGACUCCGGCGGCGACUACCAUGCUACAGAGGCGACGCUGAGGCAUCGGCUCUGGCUGCAGGAAAGCUUUGUGGUGGUGAAGGAGUUGGCAGACCCAGAGGAUGACUUCCGGGCGAGCAUCGUGGUACGCCUAUGCAAGCAGGAAAAAAAGAAAAAAAAAAUGCCUAGACCAGACAACGAGAGAACAAAACGAUCUCUAAUUCAUAUGCAUGUAGACACAUCAUCUCCUACUCCCAUGCACAUGGUCACAUCAAUCCAAAAUUCACGCUCAGCCAAUGCAUGCAGCAACUAAUCCUGUAGGGUGGACAAAGAUCAUUUAACAAAACAAAAAAAAGACACGAAAUGCUUGGUGCAUGCAACAACCAUGCCAUCAAGCAUCCCAGAUUAGAAUGGCGGCUCCACAAUUUUCAUCUACUAUCCAAAAUAUAACAAAAAGAAUCAGUCACUUUGAUUAGAAAGAAAGAAACACACGACUAUGAUAUGUCGUGAUAAAUACUGGACCAACAUAUCUAGCUCAUGUUAGUGAUAUUAUGCUAUAGUUGCAAAAUGUCUCUUUAUUAGCAUUAGUAUCUGAGAGCACCGGAUAAAUUCAUCUCUAGGCAAGAAGUUAAUUUUCUGAACCUGAACUGUUUAUAACUGAGUUUAUAAUUAUAUUAAUCCAUUGGAGCCGCAAGUCGUUUCGAGCUUAUAUUCCUUUUCCGAGCAAAAAUUUGUUUCAUAAAUCAUUGAUAAUGUUUCUGCAUUAUAAUAGGAGGAUUCAAUGUUUGAACAAUUAACCACUCAAGAAAAUCAAUCAAAAGGAUGCGAACAGUACAAGCUAUCUAUCAAAUAUUUGAAAAAGAGAAUAAGAAUCCCAACUGUUCGUAGUAUUCACUUUUAAUGAGUAGCAUGAAAGAUGGUGAUAGCACUGAUCAUCUUUGGUUGGUAUUCUUUGAGCAUUUGGAUGCAACUGAGAGUGUAACCUUUGGCAAUAUCUAAGCUGUUACCUAUUUAUUAUUUAAAGUUCAGUUUCAGUGACAUUUAGGGCAUGUUUAUUUUUAUAUAAGAAAACUAGCAUAUAAUUAGUUCAAGAUCAUGGGAGAAAUGUACAGCCUAAAAUGGUAUUUUUGAAUAUUUGAAUGCAACUAAGAGUGUAACCUUUGGCGACAUCUAAGCUUUCACCUAUUCAUUAUCUAAAAUUCAGUUUCAUUGAAAUUCAGGGCAUGUUUAUUUUUGGGUGGGUGAAGCAAGCUUCCUUUGCAUAUUCACAUGAAAUAUAACAUGCAUUUGGUCGAUUAACCAUCUCUUGCUACAAACAAUUACUUCAGGAUGUUGCACAAACACUCUCACGGUACAGACGAAAAAUUGACUACUAUAUUUUUCUUCCCCAAGACAAAUAUAAGCUAUAAAUGAUUGUAACUUGUUCGACUUAUAAUGCGUCCUAUCUUUGCAGCAAUGUGUACUUCCUACUUCGUGAAA